UCAACAUUCUUCGGAGUUUGGGUCGAUCCGACAAGGAGACGAGGAAUAAUAGGAAAAGGAAGGAAAAGGAUGGGGAAGUUCAACCCGAAAGUUUCCCAAUCCAAACCCUAGAAGUUUCAAUUUAGGGCUCGUUCUAACCUUGGAAGCUCAAUUUUCUUUCCUUUUAAUUACCUUAAACCUCCAAUAUCAAACCAAUCAAAUUUCCCAAAACCAAAACCUCUAUCAAUAAGAAACCCUAAAAGGGGAAUGGAUGAUAUUGAAGACGAUUCAAGAUACCCAACCAAGCCCUACUCUUUUAGUUUUAAUCGCCAUCCUCAAUACCCUCGUUCUAUUAGAACUCGCCAUGUAUAUAGUUACGGACCAGAAGAAGUGGUCGAUGAAGAAGAAGAAAUGGAAGAAGAAAACGACAACGUGGAGGGCGAUAACAACGAUGAUCCAGAUGUUUAUUACCAUCGUAUUAAUGAAAGCGAGCGUUUUGAAAGAUACCCAAAACGGCAAAAGUUGAGAACUUCAGUUCCCUGCUAUCAAAUCACGCCCGAUCGUAGAGCUAGCUUCAAAAGUACCUAUGAUUGGACCCAGCAAGAAAUUUAUGUUUUGUUAGAAGUUUGGGGAAAUAGGUUUUUGCAAUUGGGAAGGAGGAGUUUGAGGGGUGAAGAUUGGGUUGAUGUAGCUGAGAAAGUUAGUGAUGCUUUGAAAAGUGGGAAAAAUGAAGGGCAAUGUAGGCGAAUGAUCGAUGGGUUGAAGAGGAAGUUUAAGAAAGAGAAGCCGAAAGCUGAAAAAAUGGGGUUGAAUUCGAGUAAAUGGGUGUUUUUCAGGAAAAUGGAGAUGUUAAUGGGGUUGGGUUCUUCGUCGUUUAGGCAAAAAGAGUCAGGGUUGGCUUGUGGAGUGGAUUCGGGGGAGUUUGUUUUUAUGAAUCCGCAGGUUUAUUUGGAUAGGUCUAAUGGUUUUGAUGAGAUGAGGGAUAGUCCUACGGAGUCAGAGAUGGAGGAGGAUGAUGAAGAAGUGGAAGUUGGAGGGUCGAGAAUGGGAGGGGAAGGGAACGAUUUGCAUUCAAUGAGGAUGUUGGCGGAUUCAGUGCAAAGGUUUGGAAAGAUAUAUGAAAAGAUUGAGAGUAGUAAGAGGGAGCAUACGAAGGAGUUGGAGAAGAUGAGGAUGGAUUUUCAGAAGGAAUUGGAGGAGCAGAAGAAGCAGAUUUUGGAGAGGGCACAAGCAGAGAUUGCAAAAAUGAAGGAAGAGGAUUAUGCUGAUAAGGGGGAGAGGGAUGACGAUGAUGAGAAUGAUGACAAUUCCACAGAGAAUAUCAGCCAAUAAGUUUCUUGGUGUGUGCUUAUUGUGUAUAUUUUUUCCUAUAGUUGACAUGUCAAAUUGCUUUCUAUAAUUAUGGACCAUUUAAUGUUGGAGACCUUGUUUCAUUUGUUUCUCAUGUUUUUAUUUGUUAAUUAUCAGUUUAUCUUGAUAUGUUAGUGUUUCCAGAGGACAAAUACCAAAAUAGGAAAGAUUCAUAGCAUUUGUUGCUAAUAGCUAGAAAUAAUGAUGGUUCUGUUGUGGUUUUUCUUUGUUGGGAACUCAAGUUGUUGAUUGGAUCAUUGGAUUCAACCUAAGCUGGUCAGGCUGCACUUCAUUACUAAUCACUAUACAAUAACCUGUGAUGGAAUUUGCAGAAAAGAGUAGUCAUUUAGGCAAUAUAAAACAGAGUUGUGUUUGAGCCAAAUGCCUACCUUUUAUUGAUAGGUGAUAGAGGUGCAAUACACAUCAUGCCUCUAAAUCUUAAUUUAUAUAUUAAGUGUGCAGACAGUAAAAUCAAGUUGAAAUUGAAAUGAAUGGGUAGCUUAUAUUAAUAGUAACAGAGGUAA